CAUAAAUUAUCGGCCAUCACAGCUAGAGAGCAAAAAGGAGAGCAGCGGCUCAUCGCUUCGUCGCCCCCAUGUGUCCUUCCGCCAUGAACACGAAGAAGGAGAAGAAGAAGUCCAAGAAGAGAAAGGACAAACCAAACCCUCUAGCCGAAGAGGAGAAUCCCAUCAACGGCAAGGUAGAAAAGGAGGAAGAGCAUGGAGAGGACGGGGAUCAGAACUCCAAGACCUCGGAGGAGGAGGCCAAUGGCGGCGGCGGCGAUGGAGAAGGACAUGGAGACGAAGGGGAAGAGGAGAAGGCUCCCGUUGCGAAGAAGCAAAAGACGGGAGAGAAGAAGGGCUCCGGGAUCAUGACCUCUGAUCCCUUCUCUCGGCUUCCGCUCUCCGAGCUCACCAUGACGGCCAUCAAAGAGAUGGGAUUCGUCAACAUGACCCAGAUUCAAUCUAGAGCAAUCGCGCCGCUGUUGGAAGGGAAAGAGGUUAUGGGCGCUGCAAGGACAGGUUCGGGAAAGACUCUAGCUUUCUUGAUACCAGCAGUCGAGUUGCUGUACCAUAUCAAGUUUACUGCUAGGAAUGGAACUGGAGUUAUCAUAAUUUGUCCAACAAGGGAGCUGGCUAUUCAAACACAUGCUGUGGCGAAGGACCUUUUGAAGCACCAUUCACAAACUCUUGGAUUGGUUAUAGGUGGUGCAGGACGGAGAGGAGAAGCUGAGCAUCUUGCAAAGGGGGUAAAUAUAUUGGUAGCUACACCUGGCAGGCUUUUGGACCAUCUUCAAAAUACCAAGGGGUUUAUAUAUAAAAAUUUGAUGUGUCUCAUAAUUGAUGAAGCUGAUAGAAUAUUGGAAGCUAACUUUGAGGAAGAUAUGAAGCAAAUAUUUAAGCGCCUACCCGAGAAAAGGCAAACAGCUCUUUUUACUGCUACACAAACCAAGGAGGUGGAAGAUUUUGCACGUUUGUCAUUUAAAGGAAAGCCAAUAUACAUUGGAGUUGAUGAUGGUAGAUCAAAGGUUACUGUGGAGGGGUUGCAGCAGGGUUAUUGUAUUGUUCCAAGCAACAGAAGAUUUCUUGUUUUAUAUGCUUUUCUGAAGAGAAACCUGUCCAAAAAGAUCAUGGUUUUCUUUUCUUCCUGCAACUCUGUCAAGUACCACGCAGAGCUCCUAAGAUAUAUUCAGGUUGAUUGUUUGGAUAUCCAUGGAAAGCAAAAGCAGCAGAAACGGACCACCACCUUUUUUGACUUCUGCAAAGCAGAGAAGGGAAUCCUAUUGUGUACUGAUGUUGCUGCUCGUGGACUGGAUAUACCUGCUGUGGACUGGAUUGUACAGUAUGAUCCCCCUGAUGAACCAAAGGAGUAUAUUCAUAGAGUUGGGCGAACAGCCCGUGGGGAAGGUGGCAAAGGACAUGCCUUGUUGUUUCUGUUGCCUGAAGAGUUACAAUUUCUUCGCUAUUUGAAGGAAGCCAAGGUGCCUGUGAAAGAAUAUGAGUUCAAUGAAAAGAAGGUUCCGAAUUUGCAGUCGCACCUGGAGAAAAUUGUGGGAGAAAACUACUAUCUCAAUCAGUCAGCCAAAGAUGCAUACAGGUCCUACAUCUUAUCAUACAAUUCACACUCUAUGAAGCACAUCUUCGAUGUGCACCACCUCAACCUAAAGGAUGUAGCGGCAUCCUUCUGUUUUAGCAAUCCACCAAAAAUAAAUCUAGACUUGGAGAGCAACGCAUCCAAGUUUAGGAAGAAGAUGCGUAAAGUUGAUGGUAGCCGCCAUGGUAUCAGUGCAAGCAAUCCUUAUGGAAGGAAGAGCGCUGAUGUCGAAAGACAGUUUUCGAGAUUUUAAAGAGAUGUUUGCACCAAGGCGUAGAAGCUACUGCUGAAAUUGCGCAAGCAAACUUUAUGGAAAAAUCCAGGAUGGACUUAAAUUUUGCUAGAUGUCAACCCAUGCAGAAUGUGUUUUGACUAUUGUGUGCUAAUUAUUUAGUCAAUAUUGUUUUUUUAUGUUUUUUCAAUGCAGAUGCCAGUGUUAGUUUCUAGGGUUGUAAUUUAACUUGUUCUUCAUUGAUACUGCUGUUACGGUCACAGAUGACUGUUAUAAAUGAGGAAGGUAAUUUUAGGAACACUGGCGUGUGUAUGAAUGUUAGUGUAUCAUCAAUUUUGGCAUACUUUUGUGGAACUUCUUCUAUAUGGUUUUCGUUUUGUAGAAAUGAUAAAAGGGGGAAAAUGUGAUAAAAGAUUUACCCCA